AUGGCUUCGACUUCCAGUUGGAAGCUUAUUUUUGUUGCAAUGCUAGUGUUGGAGAUGUGGGCAUCUCAAGCCACAGCUCGUUCAUUGCAAGAUGCAUCCAUGGUUGAAAAACACAAGCAGUGGAUGGCACAAUAUGGACGUGUAUAUGAGGAUAAUGCAGAGAAUGAAAUGCGAUACAAAAUAUUCAAGGAGAAUGUAGUGUACAUCGAGACUUUUAACAAAGCAGGGACUCGGUCUUACAAGCUUGGCAUCAAUCAAUUUGCCGAUUUGACGAACAAGGAGUUCCAGGCAUCUCGUAAUGGGUAUAAAAUGUCAACUUACCAAAAGUCACCUAAGGAGUCGUCAUUUAGGUAUGAAAAUGUGACUGCAGUUCCAUCCAGCAUGGACUGGAGAAAAAAGGGAGCUGUUACUGGUGUUAAGGACCAAGGUCAAUGUGGAUGCUGCUGGGCAUUCUCAGCUGUUGCAGCCACAGAAGGAAUCAACCAACUUUCAACAGGGAAAUUGAUUUCACUAUCCGAACAAGAACUUGUAGAUUGUGACACGAGUCAGGAUAUGGGCUGUAACGGAGAUGGCACAUGCAACAGCAAGAAGGAAUCCUCCCAUGCUGCCAAGAUUACAGGAUAUGAGGAUGUCCCAGCCAAUAGUGAGUCAGCAUUGCUUAAAUCUGUGGCUAAGCAACCAGUAUCUGUUGCCAUUGAUGCUAGUGGAUCUGACUUCCAAUUCUAUUCGAGUGGUGUCUUCACUGGAGAAUGCGGGACUGAUCUAGACCAUGGCGUUACAGCAGUUGGUUAUGGAACAGCUAGUGACGGUACCAAGUAUUGGUUAGUUAAGAAUUCAUGGGGAACAAGCUGGGGUGAGAACGGAUACAUUAGAAUGCAGAGGGGCAUUGAUGCUGGGGAAGGCCUCUGUGGUAUUGCCAUGCAAGCUUCUUAUCCGAUUGCUUAA